AAGGCAGGGCUCAAGCUGGGUGGCCCAGGCUAGGUCAUUGGAUGGGGUUGCCAUGUUCCUGGACACGAGCUUCAGCAACGUGGGGCGCAAGACCUCUACGCACAUCGAGACACUGAAAAGACAGCUCGGGCUCGACAACCAGGAAAAGCCACCAGCUGAACCAGCUCAACUUGCCCAAGGCUUGAGCCAGGACCUCAUCGCCAAGUUUGCGCGGAGGAAGGUGACUGCUGCUCCGCCGCAAGAGAAGGCGCCAGAACCUGAGAAGCUUCCGGUGAUUGUGAAAGCCAGGGAGGUGCACUCAGCAUGAAGCAGACUUUGCCUCCAGCCGCCCAGCCGCAGGCGGUUGGCCACACGAGAGCCUUCAAGGCGCCUGGCCGCAAGGAGCUGUACAAUACGAAGGACGAGGUGCCACCAGUGGGUGUGUACUCCGACUGCAUGGCCUGGAAGGUCAAGGAGCUCGGGGUGAGGAGCUGCGACUUUGGAUGGCACGAGCCAACGUUGAGUCGAGAGCGCCGAGAAGGCGAGCCCUCCGACCGCAAUGAUGCUGGGCGAGAGCUCUCACACUCACCUGACAAUUCUUUGGCCAAGAAGAAGCCGAUCGUGCUGGUGGACAUUGCAAAGCAACUGCCCCGGCCCGAUCUCGUGAAAGAGUACGCGGCGUGCAGCGAAGCGAUCUCCUCGAAGGGGUUUGAAGCCGCCUACAAGCACUGCGCCAAGUUUGGCAAGUUGGAUCGGCAGCCGUGCUACAGCAUGUCCUCCUUGCCGCGAAAAGACAAAGGUCCUGCAUCCUUCACCCAGCCUGGCGAGUUUAACGUGAAUCUGGAUUGCGUCCGGCCCAGGCAGGCCGCUGAUCGAAAGCGCGCGGGCGGCAUUUUUUCUGCAUAAAAUCGAAGCAUUCUGCAAAGCAGGCAGCUUCGGCACUCGCAUGUGGGAAUCUUCAAGCCCGGUAUUGUGAGUGUGUGUACUAUAGCGAAAUGUACUAAAUUUGGCCUAAGGCCGCUGUAGGACUAGGAUGGAGGCAUUGUACAGCUCAACUCCCUAGGAGUGCACCUCAAGGAGUUCUUUCGCCUCGCUUU